AUGACGCGCCCGCGCAUCCCCGCCCUCUACGGCAUCCUCCAGUUCUGCCUCCGCCUGACCCUCGUCGUAUUUGAGGUGUGCGCCCUCGCCGCCCUCAUCACACUAUCGAGAUAUGGCUUCCACUUCCCGCUCGGAUACGUCACUUCCGUCUCAGGCAUAAUCUUCUCCAUGGCCGAAAUGGUCACCCUCGCAAACUCAACCCACCAGAUCCCCCGCAUGCGCACCGGCGCCAUCGUCGUCGGCGAUUUCGUCCUCUUCGUCCUCGGCCUCGUCGCUUUCUUUUACUUUAUCAUCCUCAACGGCUGGCGUACGGGGAGCCCGGACCGCGAGUACCGCGCCUGGCGCGAGGAUCCGCUGCGCGUCGAAAAGGAGACGUGGGCGCCGUGGUACAUGUGGCUGCAGCUCAUCGCCGCGGUGCUGCAUUUCUUGUACAUGGCCAUGCACUGCGUCGACGCGUGCAAGGAGGGUGGGCCGGAGCAGCAGCGGCGGAGAAGGGCGAGGAGGCGGGCGAGGGAGGUGGAGAGGAGGGAGAGGAGGGCGGGUAUUGGGAGUAGUGAUCCUGAGACGGCGCAGGUGGUGCCGAGUUGA